AAUAGCCUCACAUAAAGAGGAGAACUUUUAAGCAACACUGUUCCAUUUUCUUCUGCCUUGCCUUGAGAGUUAGGUGAGAAUAAGAAGAAGAAGAAGAGAGAGAAAGAGAAUGUUACCACAGCAGUGGGCGUCGCCUUGCGGAAACCAGUGCACCAACAAAUACGCUGCACUGAUGCAGAUUCCAUGGCGUGUAUUUUGCAAAAAGGGCUGUGAUGCUGAUGUAAAGACAUGGGAAGAAUGCUUGGAGGAGUGCAAUGAGAUAUGCUAUAAGGACCCUGUAUUAAAGGACCACCAAUGGAGUUCCUACAUUGACCGUUCUCCUGGACAUUCCACCUACUCAGAGGAAUGUUUCCAUGCUUGUGUAUCUGGCUGUGGGUACAAGUUUGAUAUGCACUCGGAGAAAGUUGAUAAAGUUCGUCCGAAUAGGCCACUAAAGCUUCCCCCCCCUGUUCCAAAGCCAACUAGACCAUCUGUUGAUCACAUAGAGACUGCUGAAGACAUUCCUAGCACUUCUGCAUAGUGAGAAGCUAAGCAUAAUUUUAAGACAAAAUGUAUACCCUGACAAUUUUUUAGCAUUGGAGGAAUAUCCUUUUUGCAGAUUAGUUCAGUCUUAGGCCCCUUUUGUUUACAGGAACACAAGUUUCUUCAUCCAUCUUUUCCCUCAUCAGUUUCCUUGAGCUUCAUGUCACUUAACCGGUACUCAAUCCUUUUCUUAUGAUAGCAUACCAUGGAUAACCAGUGUAAUGUGGGUGGCUCUUUCAAUAUUGAUGAGAGAGAAGUCACUGAUGGAUCUUUUUGCAAGUUUCAUCAUAUAAUCAAAGAAAAGCUUAGAAUGUAUCUCUUUAACUUCAAUAGAUACAUUUAGACUGUUCUUCAAUAGAUACAUUGACUAAGUGUCCGUUUGGCAAAGAUUAUUUUUGCCAACUUAUUUUACUA